CACCGCUCCAGAAUACCUAGAAAAUGGGAAAAUGUCAGUCAAGUCUGAUGUUUAUAGCCUUGGCAUCAUAAUAAUCGAACUAGUGACAGGACAUAAGAGUAUUCCCGAUAUUAAGAAUGUACUUAGAAGGUGGAGGCACAGAUUGCGUAAAUCAGGGAAAGAAACACCGUUUAGAUACCAGCAAAUAACUAAACUCAUCGAGAUUGGGCUACUCUGCCAGGAAAGGGCCCCCUAUAAGAGGCCUUUCAUAUCAGAAAUAGUACGUAAGAUCAAUGAUCUGGAAAGUACAGACAUGCAAGUCAGCAAUGUCAACGAAUCUACGGUUGGCGAGAUAAUCCCCUAUUUGGAAGAUGACAUGCUUGGGAUUGAGCCGCUAGAGCUACGUUUUCCUUUUGAGCUCAACAAUCAGACGUCAUGCUUACUUGAGCUAACAAACGAGACAAAUGCUUUUAUUGCUUUCAGCAUCCAAACGAUGAGCCCCCUACCAUACUGCAUACAACCAAAGAAGGGUAUUGUUUCUCCACGAUCGAAUUAUAUUGUCAACAUAACAUUGCAACCACUAGACGAGGCACCACAAUAUAGGCAGUACGCUGGCGAUUUCAUCGUGCGAAGCACCAAAGUAAAUAAGAGUCUUCUAAGUGAGGAUAUAACUGAAGAUAUAUUCAAUAGAGAGGAGGGUAAAUUGGUUGAUGAAGUUAAUCUGACAGUUACAUAUAAGGCUGAAGUACCCCAAGUGGAAUCCAGUGUGGCGCCAACAGAGGCAAAAUCCGAGAUAAGUGCAUCUACGUCAGAUGAAGUAAUCCGGUUUGAUCCCCCCGAACUAUGCUUUCCCAUCGUGCCAGAUAAAACUGUUUUGUCCUCAAUUAAAAUAAUCAACACUACAGAAUCCUAUGUUAGUUUCGCCAUAUGUCGUCUCGCAGGAAAAGAACCCGCCAGACUUUACCACUUCAACAAAACCAAAUCAGUCCUGCCACCACGGUCCACAGAAUGCCUCGCAGUAAGAAGUUAUAAAAGAGAAGGUGCAGUAAAAAAGAUACAGUACAAUGAGGAAUUCGAUGUCGGUUACGCCACUGUGGCUGAAGAUAUCAAAGCCUGCGACCUUGAUACUAAUGAUUACACUCAGUGGAAGAAGUUGCACAUCGUUGAAAAGAAGAUAAACUCUUGUACCUCAAACGAGCUGAUCCAGUUUGAACCACCUGAGCUAAGAUUCCCUUGCCUGAACAAGACUUCACUCUCCUGGGUUAAUAUAGUGAACAAUACAGAUUGCCACAUUGGCUACAGUACAUGGAAAUAUAAAACCAAUGUUGCGUUCUACGCCAUAGAACAAAAAAGAGGAAUUCUGCCACCACGGUCCACUCAAAGAAUGGUUGUACAAAGGGUACCCAAGGAAAAGAAAGAAGAAGAAGAAGAAUCAGAAUCAUCAUCGGAAGAAGUUUUUGUGUGGAACAUGAUUGUGUCAGAAGGUGUUGAAGCUAGCAGCCUCACUGAUUACUACAGGAAGGGAGAAAGUAAGGAGUUGCCCUUAGUUUGUAAGAAGAUAAGCGCCCCGUGGACCUCAGACGAGCUGAUCCGAUUGGACCAUCCUGAGCUCCGCUUCACCUUUUCGCACAAAAAGACAGCGUUGUCCUCAGUUAACAUGGUCAACGUCACAGACUAUUAUGUCGGUUUUCGUCUAUUUAAUGGUGAUACAAAUGCGCUUUAUUAUGAGCCAAAUCCUGAAGUAGGAAUUUUGGCACCACGGUCGGCUCAAAGAGUCCUCGUAUCAAGGCCGAUAGAUCAAAAGGAACCAGAAGAAGAUAUACAGUACAACGAUAAGUUCAUUAUGUGGAAUGGCAUUGUCUCUGAAGGUGUCAGAGCCAGCGACCUAGAUUGCUUCAUGUGUAAGAAGAAGGAGCAGAGUAACGAGUUGCCCAUAAUUCUUAAUAAGGUAACGUCAUCUACCUCAGUUGAGCUGAUCAAGCUUGAACCCCCUGAAGUUUGCUUCCCCUUCUUGCCAAGCAAACGUCUGUUAUCUUCAGUUAAGAUAGUCAACAUUACAGAUUAUCACAUUGGUUUCAAUACAGCUGUGGAGGAAACAAAUGUGGCAUCGUACAUCACAGAGCCAAAAUGUGGAGUCCUGCGACCAUGGUCAACACAAGAACUGGUGGUAUCGAGAGUAUCCAAGGAUGAGACACCCGAACUAGUAGACAUGCAGUGCGCAGAUAAAUACUUUGUGUGGAGCGGCUUUGUGACUGAAGAUGUCAACGCAAACGAUCUCAUAACAUGGAUGCCCAUAACCGAGAGAAAGGAGUUUCCCAUAGUUUUCGCAAAGGAAAGUUCAAAUGAGUUGAUUCAGUUUGAUCCUCCCGAGCUGUGCCUUCCCCUGUUGCUAAACCAGAGAGUGUUGUCCUCAGCUAAGAUAGUCAAUAUUACGGAUCAGUAUAUUGACUUCAGAAUAUGCACCAAGAAAAGCAACUCAGCAAGGUACUAUGCAAAUCCAUCGGAAGGAAUUUUGCCACCACUAUCCACACAACUACUCUUGGUAACAAGGAUAGCAGAGGAAAAGGAACUAGAAGACACUCGGUGCACAGACAAGUUUUUGGUGUGGAACGUCAUUGUGACUGAAGAUUUCAAGGCCAGUAAUGUUAUUGAUAACAUGUCUGAGACAAAGUGUACGGAGCUUCCCAUUGUCCUUACAAAGACAAGUUCAUCUACCUCAGAACAGCUGAUCCAGUUGGAUCCACCGGAACUUCACUUGCCAUUUUUGCCAAACAAGAAGGUAUUGUCCUCAAUUAAGAUAGAGAACCUUACAGAUUACAAUGUUGGCUUCAAUACAUAUAGCAGGCCAACAAAUGCGGCAUGGUACCACACCGAGCCACCGAGAGGAAUCCUGCCACCACGGUCCACACGAAAACUUAUGGUAACAAGGGAGGAGAAGGAAGAUGCAUUAGAAGAUCAGCAUUUCAAUGACAUGUACUUUGUGUGGAAAAGCAUUGUAUCUGAAGGAGUCAAAGACAGCGAUCUUAGUGAUUACAUGGCUGACCAAGAGAGCCUGGAGCUGCCCAUUAUUCUUGACAAGGCAAACUUGGACCUCUUAUCUUAUGGGUAUGUCAUGGCUGGCGUCACCGCUCCUUAG